CCCGCCUUCGCCUCCCCCCCUGUGCUCCUCAACCCCUACAUUGCCCCCCUGCUUUUCUAUUGUUACAUUCAACGCUAGAGCCGAACUUAUCAAUCAGACCAGGAGGAGGACGAAUGCUCAUGUAUCACCAAAAAAAAACGUAGUUCCCACAAUCGGUCUCCACGAGGAGGGCAUGGCUACCACCACCGCCGUCCGUCGCCUACUUACCUGACCUAAUCCAAACCCGCCGCCGCCCGCACUACCGAAUACCACUCAUACUCGUCCUGCGGCUUGGCUCGACUGACUUGACUUGACAUGCACUUGUGGCUUCUGCUACACAUGAUACAUACGAACGGACGAUGCUCCUGCUGCUAUGUACUGCUACCUACUGCUGCUGCUGCUGUUGCUGCUGCAGUAGUCGCGGUACACGUCCGGCGGGUAGUGGCUCCUGUGCACUUAGCUGAUCCCGAUAUCGUGGACGGACAGUCUACAGAACGACACGAGUGGAGCGGCCACGAGCACGCACUCACUCUCGUUGGGACUCAGUGAGGCGGCCUAGGGAGGUACAUCGUUAGCGGAGUCGAAUGGUUACAGGUUGUAUGUAACUACUACCGUUCAGUGGAAUGGCCACGGUCGUGCGAGUGGCCCAACGGGUGCCGUGCACAGAUCAUCAUCAUCGUGUCCGAGAACCUACAUACAUACUGGACAUACCGUAGCCACCUAGCUAUCUGGCCGAGAACUCCAUCCUGUCUGUGGCCAUGCCGCCGCCACCGACACCUCCACGCACGUCUUUGGACACAUCUACACGUACCUACCCUGAGAAAUACAAGUCAGAGGCACCCGCGGUUCCAAGAAUCAUGGCGGCCGCUGACUCCACCACCUCGCCGUGGACACCGGAUUCCGCCCAUCCCCCCCCAUCGCUUCCUCUCUUGCUGAUUCCUACCCGUUCACCGCCCUGGCAUUGCCCUCGCCGCCCAGUCAUUGCCCUCACCGCUCCUUG